CACUACCAGCAGUUGAUCCCUCCUGCCAUGGCUGAUGGCAAAGAACCCACGGUGGCAGAGCCAGGCGUCCCCAUGGAGCCCCGUGUCCCCAUGGAGCCCGGUGUUCCCACAGGGCCGGAUGUCCCUGCUGAUGCUGCUCCAUCCUCAGGGGCCAUGUCCACUCGACGCCUGCGCAGCGAGGACUACAAUGACUACAGCUCUACUGAUGUGACCCCGGAGGGCAGCCCGCCUGCGGGCAUCAAUGGCUUCACACGGCCCGAGUCCUACCAGCGCUUUGGGGAGAGCAACGGGACCACGUGGUACCAGACCCUGAUCCAUCUCCUGAAAGGGAACAUUGGCACCGGGCUGCUGGGGCUGCCCCUGGCUCUGAAGAAUGCCGGCAUCCUGCUGGGUCCUCUGAGCCUGCUGGUGAUGGGUGUUGUGGCUGUGCACUGCAUGAGCAUCCUGGUGAAAUGCGCCCAUCACUUCUGCUACAGGUUCCAGAAGCAGUUUUUGGACUACGGGGGGACUGUGAUGUAUGGGCUGGAGUCAACACCCAUUGCCUGGCUGAGGACACACGCCAUCUGGGGAAGGCGUGUGGUGGGACUCUUCCUGAUCCUCACUCAGCUGGGUUUCUGCUGUGUGUACUUUGUCUUUCUGGCUGACAACCUGAGGCAGGUUGUGUCCUCUGCCAACAGCACCACCACUGACUGCCACUCCAACAGGACGGUGACCCUCACACCCACCAUGGACUCCCGGCUCUACAUGCUGUCCCUGCUGCCUUUUGUGGUGCUGCUGUCCUUCAUCCAGAAUCUCAAGAUCCUGUCCAUCUUUUCCAUGCUGGCCAACGUGGCCAUGCUCGUCAGCCUUGUUGUGAUCUACCAGUACAUUGUCAGGGACAUCCCCGAUCCCAGCACCCUGCCUCUUGCAGCAGCUUGGAAGACCUACCCUCUGUUUUUUGGCACGGCCAUCUUUGCUUUUGAAGGCAUCGGGGUGGUGUUGCCUCUGGAAAACAAGAUGAAGAACCCACGGCAGUUCCCUCUGAUCCUCUAUGUGGGGAUGACGAUCGUUACCAUCCUGUACAUCAGCCUGGGUGUGCUGGGCUACCUGCGCUUCGGGGCGGCCAUCCAGGCCAGCAUAACACUCAACCUGCCCAACUGCUGGCUGUACCAAGCUGUCAAGCUGCUCUUCUCCUUUGGGAUUUUCUUCACCUACGCUGUGCAGUUCUACGUCCCCGCUGAGAUCAUCAUCCCGCCACUGGUUGCCCGUGUGCCGGAGCGCUGGGGCUGGCUGGUCAACCUGCUGCUGCGGGUGGUCCUGGUCGGCAUCACCUGCGUGCUGGCCAUCCUCAUCCCCCGCCUGGACAUCGUCAUCUCGCUGGUGGGCUCGGUCAGCAGCAGCGCGCUGGCUCUCAUCUUCCCCCCGCUGCUGGAGAUCGCCACCUACUACACAGAGGGCAUGCACCCUCUGCUCAUUGCCAAGGACGUGCUCAUCAGCCUCUUUGGCUUCGUUGGCUUCGUGGUGGGCACCUACGAGGCGCUGGUGGAGCUGGCUACUCCUGCUACUGUCAUCAAUGGCACCAGCACCUCGGGGCAGUGACGGUCCCUGCUGGUGGUGGCACGCAGACCGGGUGCUCAGCCUUCUCCUCCUGCAGAACGUGGUGGGUUUGGGCUGCGAGGGGUGUGGGUGGCACAGCACUCAUCCCCUCCACACUCCUGUACGUAGUUACUUUGGGGAGGGGGGGAUCCUGGGGGUGUAGACUUUUAUUUUUUAUUUUUAUUUUAUUUUGUAAUCCUUCCCAUAUUGCCCCCAUCCCAUCGCUCUGGGACUGCUCUUCUCCGUGCCAGUUUGUUGGUUGUUUUUUUUUUUUUUUGUCUUGUUUUGUUUUUAUUUUCCCCCGUACCCCCCCCCCCCCACCCCGCAGCACUUUAUUUUACAGCAACAAAGAAACCUCGGCUCAGGUUGGAGGUGCAGAGCUGCCUCCUCACCCCGGCCCUCGGGGAUGUAGAGCAGCACUGGGUGUGAGCACUGCUGGUGCAGGUCCUGCUGUGCUCUGGUUUCCAGCUCUUUCGUGCAGAGAGGGCUGCCGUGGAAGGUUCUAUUCGUUCAUUUUUUUUUUCUCCCUGCACACAUAUACCCCUCAUGGUUUUUGGCAUUAGGAAUUCAGGUGUGCAGAGCCCACGCUCUGCAGAAACACAGCACCUUGUUUGCUGCGCUCUGGCUGCAUCUGCAGUCCUCCACUGAAUGUCACAUCCCCAAUAAGAACACUGAUCAUGUUGUUUUCCCUCCUGGCCCCAGUGGCAGAUCCCAGCAGGAGGCAGCCCGUUGCACUGCUCCCUCCUGCUGCUGGUAUUGGGGCAGGUGCACGCUGGGGGCACAGACUCUGGCCUUGCCACACUUUGCCUUUCUGCUGCUUCUUUUUUUUUUUUUUUUUUUUUUUUGAAGGCAGAUGAGAGCAAAUGAAUCCUCCAUUGGGUAUUUCAUGGUGGUGCAGCUGCACUCAGGAGGGGAAAGGCACACAGAAUGGUGUGCAAGCAGCCAGCAGGGCUCUGGGCUCCCUGCAGGUGGGAGAGGCACAAAAUCCGUGCCCAGGGCUGGCACUGCUGUCCCCUGGGAGGGGAUGGCUGGCAGUCCCAACAGGAGGGACGGCCCUGUUCUGGGGUACAGCUGUGUGAUGGCUGUGUCCCCAGCACUGGGGUUGCUGGGUUUGCUGGAGUGGUGCAUAGCACUGAGCUCGCUUUGCACUCACAGGGCACUGUGGCAAUGUUAAGCAGUGUCCGGUGGAGUUUUUUGGUUUUAUUGGGCUAAAGCACAGUGGGCUGGUGGGAAACACAUGGGUUACCAGGAGGACCUGGUACGGGACCAAGGGGACACAGAAAUGUGACACUUGUGUGUUGUAGCUGCUCUGUGACCAGGGGAAUUGUGUAUAUACAAAGGUGAUUAAUGUCUGUGUUGUGUGCCUAUGGAUAUUGUCAGUGUGGGUCGCUGCCUACUGCUGCAGCACCUGAAUCAUGUAUCUCACUUUAAUCAAUAAAUAAGAGUUAUUUUUUACGUGGAAA